UGCGUUGCAGCCAGGGUCUAGACCGGAGGAGCGUCUGCAGAGCGCGAGCUUGAAGCGCGAGGGGGCGGAGGUAGAGAGAGCGGGAGAGAUAGAGGAAGAAGGGAGUGAGAAAGAGAGAGACAGGGAGCAGUGACAGCGCUCAUCAGCCCCUGUACAGCCAGGACGGCUUGCAUCCGAGCAAUCGCUGUCAUUCGCAGUCGGAGUUUACAGCCUUUUGCAGCGCCUUUUCUUUCGGUCUUUUUCGUCUUACGCACCCCCUUUUUCCUCCAACCCGGUGCUGCCCAGCCCAAUCGACAACACCAUGGUUUCUAUAAUUUCAGACCUGGACCCCCUGAAAAGCUGGAACGUUUUAAGGCAAGAUGCCAGUGACCUCUCCGGACCAAUACAAAGUAAUGGCACUCCUGGGAAGAUGAACGGGGCACUGGAGCAUUCGGACCAGCCUGACCCAGAUGCCAUUAAGAUGUUUGUUGGUCAGAUCCCGCGCUCCUGGUCAGAGAAAGAGCUCAAAGAACUAUUUGAGCCUUAUGGAGCAGUUUACCAGAUCAACAUUCUCCGAGACCGCAGCCAGAACCCUCCACAGAGCAAAGGCUGCUGUUUUGUCACGUUUUACACAAGGAAAGCUGCCCUUGAAGCCCAGAAUGCACUGCAUAACAUAAAGACCUUAACAGGGAUGCACCACCCUAUUCAAAUGAAACCUGCAGACAGUGAGAAGUCGAAUGCCGUGGAAGACAGGAAGUUGUUUAUUGGAAUGGUGUCAAAGAAGUGCAAUGAGAACGACAUUCGGGUCAUGUUCUCCGCGUUCGGACAGAUCGAGGAAUGCCGGAUCCUCCGAGGCCCAGACGGUCUGAGCAGAGGAUGUGCGUUUGUCACGUUUUCAACACGAGCUAUGGCACAGAAUGCAAUCAAAGCCAUGCACCAGUCCCAGACUAUGGAGGGCUGCUCAUCUCCCAUAGUGGUGAAGUUUGCAGACACACAGAAGGACAAGGAGCAGCGGCGUCUGCAGCAGCAGCUGGCACAGCAGAUGCAGCAGCUCAACAGUGCCACCACCUGGGGCAGUCUGACGGGCCUGGGGGGCCUCACUCCACAGUACCUGGCUUUGCUUCAGCAGGCCACGUCUUCUGGAAACCUGGGAGCCUUCAGUGGGAUCCAGCAGAUGGCCGGUAUGAGUGCGCUGCAGUUGCAGAAUCUGGCCACUUUAGCGGCGGCAGCAGCAGCAGCUCAAAACUCAGCCAGCCCUUCCACCGCAAACCCCCUGUCCUCCAGCGCGGCGUCCCUGGGAGCGUUGGCCAGCCCAGCAGGUACCACAGCCAGCUCCAACGCCGGCGCCAUGAACUCUCUGACCUCUCUGGGCACCCUGCAGGGCCUGGCAGGAGCCACUGUGGGCCUCAACAACAUUAAUGCACUAGCAGGUAGUGUCAAUAGUAUGGCGGCUCUAAAUGGAGGUCUGGGUGGUGCGGGGCUCACCAACGGCACAGCAGGCACCAUGGAUGCUCUGACGCAGGCCUACUCAGGGAUACAGCAGUACGCCGCUGCUGCACUGCCCACCCUCUACAGCCAAUCACUGCUGCAGCAACAAGGGGCCGCCGGCAGUCAGAAGGAGGGUCCCGAAGGCGCUAACCUGUUCAUCUACCACCUGCCGCAGGAGUUCGGAGACCAGGAUAUUCUGCAGAUGUUUAUGCCUUUCGGAAAUGUGGUGUCUGCCAAAGUCUUUAUUGACAAACAGACAAACCUUAGCAAGUGCUUUGGCUUCGUCAGCUACGACAAUCCUGUGUCGGCACAGGCAGCCAUUCAGGCCAUGAACGGCUUCCAGAUCGGCAUGAAGAGGCUGAAAGUGCAGCUAAAGCGCUCCAAGAAUGACAGCAAACCGUACUGAUCUUAGAACUAGGGUGUAUCUGCUCCCCUGUUAGCACUGCUAGGGUAAGUCCCCCCUAAAAAACAAAAAAGAACAAAAACAGCAAACCGAGCCACGACCUCUGCACAGGGACUGGGGGGUGGGCUGUGGGAGGGAGGGGAGACGACCUACAACCACCGGAAGGAGGGAGACUCACACACUCCUCCUUUUGAUAUACUUGAUUUUUGGAAGAUUUUUUUAUUGUUUUCUUUCAGAUUUAUUUAUUACACUUUAUUUUUGACACACAUGAACGCUUCCAUUAUCGUCAUUACUUUGUGCAAUUUUUCUCACUUUUACUACAGAAGUAGCUAUCACUGGUAGCUGAUUUUUAAUUUAAUAAUUAUUUAAUGUUUUCUUUUUGAGAAAGUAUUUAUUUUGCCAACUACAGAAGUGAAGACAAAGGAGCCAUGAUGAUUAUUUUAUGUUUUCUCUCUCUUGCUGUGAACCUUAGGCCUAGGCCUGGUUCCUCUAUAUAGUACUUUUUGAUGCUCAUGCCAAUAUGCACACCUGACCUUUGACCUCCGCGGUGUUGGUUGCAGGCCGCCGCUGCUUCUCUGAAAUCCCUCUUUGCCUGCUGGCAACCCGGGGGCAAAGGCUGCAAAUCAUAGUGGCCUCUACACAGUCUAGUUAAUGGCACCAGUUACACUCCACCACAAUAAGAAAAAAAACACUCCAGCUAUAGUAUGUCAUAUUUAUAUGAUAAAAGAAAAAUAAAUACUUUUCUAUUUGUCAAAUUAUGAAAAAAAAAAAGUACUAUAACUAUUUUCUGGGUCAGAUCACAUUGGUCUUAGUUGAAAGGACGCAUGCACAACAUUUAAAAAAAGAUCCAUAAUUUGAAGAAGUCUAUACGACAGUAAUAACCUAAUGAGAGUAUUAUGGGUUUAGGGGUUAACUGAAAAUACUUGAUGUUUGUUGAAAGUAAAAAAAAAAAUACAAGUAAAGAAAGCCACAGGCCUGUAAAUUUUAUUUGUAAAAAAAGCAGUUCUAUUUUUAUACAGCAUUUUUACUGCCUCAGAUAAAAUGGAUUUUAUUUAUUGCCUAUUGUUAAGUUAUUGAACUCCUAUAAAAAAAAAUACAGCAUUGAUAAAGAAGACCCUCAUAGAGUCGGGUUCUCCAAUGUUUUCAUGUUUUUUCAGUGCAGUCCGACACAACACUCCGCUGUCAUAGAAAAGCGCACGCCUCACUCACUUCUUCACAGUCAUUGUCCGUGUCCAUCCAUCUUUGUGUGUUCUCUCUCUCUGUCUGGAGAGAGCCUCGCUCGUCCACCUGUCCUUCACAUUUUAAUCUGAUUUUUUUUCCCAUUUUUGUUUUGAGUGUUGUUUGUCCGUGCCCUCACCCUUCCAAAGAUUUUUAAGGAAAGGCCCCCCCACUCCUAAAAAUAUAUAUAUCAGUAUUUAUUCCCAAACGUGUUAUCCAUCUAGGAUGCGAUGGAUCAGACUUUGGGUGCACUAUGGUUUGUGUAUGUUUGUUUGUGUGAAUGACUGAAUGUGCCGUUGCUUGUUAGUAUAAUAUAAUCCUAGAUUAGUAUCACUAUCUACUGCAAAAAUGCAACAUUUGUGCUUAAAAAUUGCCAAUGAAAUGAGUCCGUAGUGUUGCUAUAUUCAACAGUUUGCAUUGUUGUUUGUUGUUGUUAAUGUUGUUGUUGUUUUUCUUAAUUUAUCAGAUGCUGUAGUGGUGUGGUGCUUUGGCUCUCUGUGUGUAACUCUCUCCUUUUCCCUGUUUUUUCUUUCCCCCUUUUAGAAACACCCAUCUCCAUGCCUGUUAGCUCAUCGUUUGCCUAGCAUGUCUUCGUGGCGUCCAAUAAAAAACACACAAAAACACACAAAAAAAUUAAAACAAAAAACUCCCCCUACCCAAAAGUGUCAUCGUCCUCCCCAUCUUUGUUUUUCUGAGCUCACCUGACCAUACCCUGGUUCUACACCUCUGCCACCGCCUACUGACUUUUUGAACUUUUAAACAUCUAUGGACUUGUGGUGUUUUUUCGUUUGGUUUUUGUUUUUUGGUCUGUGAGGUUUUCAUCCAGGUCAUGGAUAGUAAUUAGUGUAGUUCUAAAGCCUAAAGACACUUCAGCUCUCAUAUCGACAAGAGAGGAACCAUCUUUAAGUUUUAAAAUUAUGGUACAAUGCCUACUUUUAUUUGGAUUUUUACUUUCUUUUAAUGUUUUUUUAUGUUUUGUUGGAUGUGACCUCAUAUGUUGUGGGAGAGGCUUCAGGAAUUUGGGGGGAUGGGUGAACAAGAAUCAAUGUGAACAAAAAAAUCUAUUAUAAAGCUGCAUUCAUAUGAAGAAAGACUGAUAAUUUUUUUAUGAAAACCCUGUGGCAAAGUUUUUCCAUUUCAAUGUCUUUAUUUUUUGCAUUUUGUGUUUGCCUAUUUUCUCUACUUCAUUUAAAAUAAACUUGAACACUCACUACAGGAAUUGGCGCGCGGCUUGAUUCUGCUGCAGAUGAGAAACGCAGUGCACAGGGCCAGAAGCUGUCUGCGCCACUUUCUUUAAGUAUUAAGACUACUUCCACAGUUUUGAAUAAAAAACUGAUCGAUUCUAGACUCUCUCAGAGCGCUCUAUCUCUCUAAUGGUUUUUACAUUUUUCAGGCAGUGUAAAGUUUUUUGAUAAGGCCAUUUUCAAGUGGCUCUGUUUCUCAUUCAAAGUCUAUAUAUAAGAACCACUUUUUCUAGAGUAGUUACAAAGGUUAAAUAAAAAAUGACAAAAAAGACAUUUGCCCUGUUUGGUGGGGGAGAUAUGCUACCUACUUGUGUCACCUUUUGCUGAACUGACUCACAGAUAGACAAUCCAUGGUUUAAAUGCACAUGAAGAAAAUGACCUAUAUUUUCUACUGUUCAAAUGUAUAGAGGAAAAAACAAAUAUGACGAUACCUGUAACCCAUGUUAAUGUUGGUGCUUCUUGUGAGUUUAGUUGUGGUUCCAUCCCAAGUCCGAUGGUCUUAAAUGUCUCAUGUUUUUCAAAGACUAAAAAAUCAGUUUACUUGAAGAAUAGACAAAGCCUUUCAUAUUACAAUAGUUUGUUUUUCUGUUCUGUUUCUUUUUUCAGGGGUCCCUAUUUGCUAAAAUUUGUUGUCAGUUAAUUAGCUCUAUAAAAUUCUUAAAAAUAUAUAUAAAUAUAAAUAUAUCUAUAUAUAUAUAUAUAUAUCUAUAUCUACAAUGUCAGCUUGUGAAGCAUCAAUGUCAUUAUGAUUUUUAUUUCUCUCGUGGGAAACAAUAUUAAAUGUGUUUUUGUUGUUCAGCAAAAUGUCUUAUAAAGAAAUAAAAAAGACAAGAUCCGUGGAGUUUAGUGCCAAAAUUCUGAAGGUACUUCCUGCCUAGCCGCGUCAGUGUAUUUCUUGUGAAAAUGAUUUGAUAACAUUGGUAUUUUAUUAUAAGUGUUUUGUAUGGAUCCCUCAUAUUUAAAGUAUAGAUUUAAAAAGAGUUUGUUAACUUGCUAUUCUGUGGUCUUGUUGCCUGAAAAUGUCAUGUUUGCUUUUUUUCUUUGUAAAAAAUGUAAAGAAGUGCCCAUGUGUCACAUAUAUACAGUAUAUAUAUCUAUACACAGUUGGACACACAUGCAUACACUCUCUCUGUGCAGACCUCACAUUUUACUUAUUUGUUGCACGAAAGCCCCUGAGUUUUGCCUUCUCCAUAGCCACCGCUCUGCCCCCAAACCCACUUUAAGUCCCACACCAAAUGUCUGAUGUUUUCUUUAUCAAAAGCCUUACCAUACAAAUCUUUGCACUCCUAGCUCUUUCUAUCAGUAUCUCAGUCAUACGCAGUUGAAUAUAUUGUUUUGAUUGUUUUCUUAGCAGCACCGUCUCCGACUUUUCAUUUCAAAGAGGAGGUGAUAGUCAUACACAAAGCCUUAUUUCUUCAAAUCUUCUUAACCAUUUUGUGCAGUUCAGAGAUCAUUAUUUUCAUGUAUCAUCGCUUGGCUUUUUAUGAUGUAAGCACAGAGCAAGACAUUCACAAACUAGCCUUUUCUCUUUUGAGGAAAAAAGCACAUCUUUUUUCAGAGAUGCGAGUUUGUAGUUAAUAUACAGAUUCAGGACUUUUUUUUCAUAAUCAUAAAGUCUUGUGGGCCAAAACGUUUUAGAUGCCAAAGCGUGUUACUGUUACUGACAUUCUCACGGUCAAGUCGUUUACAUGGCACAGUGUUGUCAAAGUUUCUUGUUUUUCCCCCUACUCCCUGAGAGCCUAUAGUUUAGUAGUCUGCAAAAAAAGAUGGCAGCAUUAUUUUCUACACAAAAUCUCACCAGUCGCCUUAAACCAGGGAGCGUCGCACCAGUAUUUUGGAAGACUAUUUUGUCAGAUUUGUGCCAAGUCCAGGGUCACCUUUUGUAUACUGUUUACUUCUCACUUUGUCCGCCAUUUUGUGAGUAGAUUGGCCGAGUUGCAUAGAGUCUUGUGAUGGUCGAAAUUUAAGCUCCGGUGUGAAGGAUGCCCACUAGCUGUCUCUCAGGCUAACCGGGGUUAUUAGAAGCAGGGAUAUGUGGAGGGGGUUGUCUUAUUGGAAUAGCGACAGGGGAAAUAAAGAGCUGUUGGUCGGGAGUUGGAAGGGUCACAGGCAAGCAAAACAACAGGCGAGAUGAAGGCGUUUUCAUUAACUACUCAAAGACCAAACCCAAACUUCAGAUAGAAGAACAGAGAAGAGAGACUUCAGCUGUUUUGUUAUGUUUUCUUCUUAAAUGCAGUAUAUAGCAUGAGCAGUGCCACAGCCAUAUGAUAAUAGCUGGAUAGUCCUAUUAAUGUCAAGGGACCAUUUUGCUAACCAGCACAUGCAGGUUUUGAACAUUGUAAAUCCGCUGCAGAUCGACUCAAUUGCACAUUUUGUCACUCUUGCACAAUCCGUAACACAUGAUCAUUGUUAGUUUUGGAAGAUAUGAAGCACUAUUUUGUAUACUGUCAAAACCAGUCCCAAACUAUUUUGUCAAAAUUGCCAAAUUUUCACCUCGUCGCAUGGUGUAGUCAGUGUGUUAAAGCAUGUGUUUGCGUUUAAAUGUUAAAGCACAAGAGGGCGAUAGCGAAUUCUAUGGAGCGGCUCACUUCAGGGGCUUUCGGUGCUUAUGCUUGUUGUAUCUUUCUAUCUAAGUCACUGUUCACUUCUCUGUUUUUUCUGAUUUCUUAAUUAUCUCAAGUGCUAUUUAUCAAACAAAGAAAAGGAACAAAAAAAAAAUAUUUGUUGUUUCUUUGCAUUAUAGCUUAUGUCAAAGUUUUUUGAAGAAGAAAUGUGUUUUUUCAUUUUGUGUCGUAAACUGAGCUUGUUGUCUAUUGAAAUGAUCUAAUUUCUUUGUUGUUUGAUUUUUAUUAUUGAUAAAGAGGUUUUCAGUAUAGUAACUGUCUUGAGAGAAGCCAAAGUCAAUGCAUUUAAGUGGAUCCUGUAAGCGUAUGAUGUAUGUUUGUUUGACAACUUCGGAAAUCUGUCACUGGAUGGGAUACUACAGUACAAAAAAUGCAGGCUUUCCUAUUUCUACAACUGAUUGUACUUAUGCAUUUUGUACCAGUGGAAUUUUUUUAUACUGGAGAUUAAAGGAUACAACAAAAAAUGUAGAAAAAAUGCUCUUUUGGCCUCUCUGAUGAUGGGGCCAGACCUGACUUGGAGUUCUGAUUUCUCUAUAGCUGGCCUCCAGAACGUUGGCUUUUGAUAUUUACGAUUUUCUAGAUGAUCUUUGGCUUGAGUUCUUUCACGUCUUUUUCCUCACUUGUGUGUUUUGUUCUUUCUUUAGUUUUUUUUCUCUCUUUCAUUCUUUUCUUUGUAUUAUUUAUUUUCUGAAAAAGCAGAGGGUAAGUGAGUGUCAAAUCUCUAAUUUUUCUUUCUAGUUCUAGCAAGUUCGUCUAUACCAGAGCACUAUAAGCUUCAUUUGGACUUUCUGUAUCGUGCUGUCUACAUGAUAAGACAAUUCUUAGAAAAAGAAGGGUUAGAAAUAGUCUCCUUCAGUGGAUUAAUGUAUUAGUUUAAUAAAGAAAUCUACUAAUUUGAUUUUAGCUGGUUAGAUUUUCCAGUUUCUCUGUCCUCUGUGAAUUAACUGUGUAGCUAAAGCAGUCAGAAUUAUUUUUGUAAACGUAUGUUCUUGUGUGAUGCAGUUUUUUGCUUCUGUCUCCUAUAUUAAACCAUUUUUCCUAAUA